UGCACGUGCAGCCACCAGCGGUUGCACGAUCUUCUGUUUUUCCUGUGCUAAAUGUUACGGCAGCACCAAUUUCAAAGUUAAAGCCGAGGACAACUAUCAAUUCUGCGGUAGAAGGCGGCCGUAACACCAAGCUAGCAACGCACAGCAAGAUCCCUAUGUCUACCGCUGACAAACUUGGUCCAACUUCGAUUGCCGAACCGACUGUGCAGUCGUCUUCUAUGGGGAUGUCUGAGUCAGAAAACGUGGCCAUAGAUGCCGAAUUCCAAGUUCCACCCGCAGUCAAAAAUUAAUGUCAUCGAUUAGCAUCUAUAAUCCCAGGACCGAAAAUUCCUUCAUGGCAGGUACGGGUACUAGUGUUGCUAGAACGGAAGAUUACAUCGAAACUCAACCUUCACCUGCGGUCGACAUUCUGCAUGCCCCAUGUUCACCGGACGCUUCAAGUCGUAACGAUUACUUAUUGAGGCUUUCAGAAAUUUCACCGCAGAAGUAUUACCCACGAGCUAGCGCCUCCCCCGGUCAUUUAUCCACAGGAAGGCAGGAGCUAUCGCCCAUGAGACCGGCGAGGAAGCGCCCGGCCACUGAGGAACAUUCCACUUCCCAACAGCCAAGUGGCAGCAAGAAGUUCAAGGUGAAACCGUUGGUGUCAAGCGCCGAGGCCAAGGGUGGCCUGACUAUCUCGGCAAGGUCAUCUAGUCAAGUUCUUCGGCCAUCUAUUCAGAAGAACCAUGCACAUGCCAGCGCAAUGCUUAUCAGUCGGAAUUCGCGGUGUCCGACGUCAAGUUUUCCAAGCGCGCGAACCAAGUAUAAACCCAGACAGAACUUCCAACGCCAGGUGCGGUCUACGUCGAUUGCAUCAUCGUGCCUGCGCAACCAGACGAUCUGCAAGGGACAAGACAAAAAUAUUCAGGGACAGGAGGGAGUUUCUAGUCGCGCGCUCAUGUCACAGUGCCGAACGUCGGGUAGUUCCCGGGUCCACUUUGAUGCGGGACAUGCGCUCAGUAAGAAAGAUGCGGCAGUUACGGGGCUCGAGCAGUUGGGUCCAUCUAGACCUGGCCUUGUGUCACCCCUCGAGCAGUUAGGAUCAUCUAGACCUGGCCGUGUGUCACCUCUUGAGAAGGCGAGCAUGUCGUUGCCACCUGCCAACAUCACAAAGCCUAUUGCGUUUACGUUCCAUCUGGACGCGCGCAUUGAAGCCCGUAAAGUUGAGUUUGAGAAGCUUGCGGCUAGCGAGCAAGGUUAUAUGGAGAAGGGGCACCGACAAAGGCAUGCUGUGCCCGAUUUCAAGGUACUACACGAGGCCCACCAAGCAUCACUUGCAUGGCGUAAGGAACACAUCGUCCCGAUAGUACCCGCAGCACCGAUAGCCCUUAGCACCGAAAUUCGCGCCAGAGAGAGGGAGAAAUUUGACCGAAUGGUGCGAAUAAAGGAAGAGGAGAUUCAACGAGCAAAAGAGGAGCGCCGAAGACAACGAGAUGCGGAAGAAGAAAGGGAGAUCAAAGAACUUCGCAAGCGAGCAAUUCCCAAGGCGAAUGAGAUUCCAGAGUGGUAUGCUGAGAUGCCGAAGAAAGGUGGUGUAGGAGGAUCAGGAUAGUGGAGGGCGUCAUGCGAUAGUUGUCAAGUGAUGGGGAUCGAGAACGUUUGUAAAAUUCACAUCCCCCUUGGCUAUCAUAUCUAUCGCUCAUAGUACAAUGCCGGUGGUACAAUCAAGUUAUUCUGGGAUGUUUGAACGGGGUUG